GCAAACCUCUGGCGGAACAAGGCGUGAUUCGGCAAUGGAUCGCCGAAUCGCGCAACGAGAUCGAACAAGCGCGGCUUUUGGUUCUGAAAACGGCGUGGAUGAUGGACGAAGUCGGCAACAAAGCGGCGCGAAAAGAAAUUGCGAUGAUAAAAGCCGUCGUUCCGCAAAUGGCUCUGAAAAUAAUCGACCGCGCCAUUCAAACACACGGCGGCGGCGGCGUUUGCGAAGAUUUUCCGCUCUCGAAUUUCUGGAUUUAUGCGCGAACUUUGCGCCUUGCCGACGGUCCCGACGAAGUUCAUCUUGAAUCUAUUGCGAAAAUGGAGUUAAAGUAG